AACAGAUUUGGAAGAAUACAUUGAACUCAGAACAACCCACUUCAAAGAAGCGUUAAGACCAAAACAUCACUACACUCUUCAUUAUUCGCGUUACAUACUGUGGCUGGGGCCGAUUAUAUCGUACUGUACCCUGUUUUGCGAAAGAAAGCAUUGUUUUUUUAAGCGGUGUAUCAGAACUACUAUAAACUUUAAGAACGUGGUAAAAUUUUCUAGUGAACAACACCAGUAUUACCAGGGCCUUUUAAAUACCCAAACCGAACGCUUGAAGAAUAAUUUCUUGUUAGAAAAAUAUGUAGAAAGUAUUUCGAGCUUGCCGAAGUCUUCUCAAACUGCAUUGCACGAGUUUUGUCUAGACAACGAUCAGAACGUAUUUGUGGAGCAAGGCACGUUUAUGGGAUACACAUAUUCUGCCGGAGAUUAUCUGUUUCUGCGUCAUGAUGAAUAUGGUGAAUGGUUCUAUGUGGUGAAAAUCAAAUUGUUGGUGUUGAAUCCAAAAACUGAAAGCGUCACUGUAUUUGGGAAUGAAUUGAUCGCGGUGAACAUUUUCGAACGAGGGAUUAUAGAGAUAAGUGAAUCCAAUGAACAUCCGGAAAAAUUGAUAUGUUUAUCAAUAGAAGAUUUUGUUGAUCGUGCUCCUUUGCUUCCGUUUGUGGAAAGCAACAAGGUAUACCUCUUCAUCAAACAUUCGAUACCUCCGACGGCAGAGAGCUGUUGAAUAGAUAACGACAAUGAAUACAGUACUGCCAUUUAAAGUUUGCGACUCGUCGCGACAAACAAGACAUGUAAUCUUCGCAACGGGAACGAUCAACGGCCUAAUCGAACAAGCAACCAUCAAAUUUCAACGACCGUUCCAGCACAUCGUGCUUGCAAACGACGGAUGCGAGCUAUCAAGCGACAUGGCAUUGGCAGCGUUUAGCAAAGACUUGCUUAUGAUGUUGGAGUCCGGAGAAACCUGGAUUCCUGAAGGAUUUUAUGCAACCGAUACCCAAGCACAGGACAGCGCUGAAGGACUCCAGAACACAUCGGCUGGUCAGAUAGUACUUUCUGCCAUCCAAGACACUCCGAAUUCUGACGAUGCAACAUCUACAGUGUUGCAGACGCUGAACAUCGAUCCAGCCGUUAUGGCCAUAUUUCCAAAUCAACGAAUCUCUGUGGCGGAACCACUAUCAAUGAAGCUGUUGACCGGCGGUGUGUCGAAUCAAGAUGAAUCAUUACAACAGCCAUCUACUUCGCGACAUGUAACGGAAUCGAUCAAAAUUCAGGAAACUGCAGAAAUCGCAGAUCAUAUGACGAUGAUGGAAACAGACGACCCUGUGGACGAAAACCAGUCUCCAAAUACCAAAACCAAGCGACCAAGAGCUAUUGAGAUCCAGAAAAGUUCCAAGAAGUAUGCUUCUUCCGACAUGAAGUUUCGCUCUUUCGAAGUCAAUUACAGCAAACUAAGCGACAAUGUCCUGUCCAAGCUGGACAAAUUGCAGGAGUUCAAGGCCACGAAUCCCAAUACUGCUAUUCCAAGUGAUCUACGAAUAACGAAGAUGGACACGACAAGCCUGGUCAACAGCAUAGUUGAUCAAUUGAGAACCGUUGACACCGACAUAAAGGCUAGUACCAUGGAAAUGGUUGCGAAGCAGUUACUUCGCAAAUUCCCGUGUCUCGAAAAAGUCGAUGAUGACGGGUACAGAAACGGUAUCAGCCACAUCGCACUGAAGCAUAAAAUGAUUAACCAUAAUGCGUAUUUAAAUCGGUUUCGAAAGUCAUCAGAGCAGCAAGCUCCGACUGCUAGCAAAGGUCGAAAUGUGCGAGCUGGCACGCUUAAAUGUUAUUGGGAAAACUGGAAGAAGGACUGUGAAAAUGAAACACUAGCUAAGCUUCGUCGCGACGAACCGACUUUGCUAACCGAGGACUUUCUCAAAUCAUCACAAGCGUAUGUGAGACACAGACUAAACGACAGCAAAGAUCUUCUUCAGCUAAUGUCGGAGUAUCCAGUGCUGAGACGUAGAGGGCUGCUAAAAUACCAUUUUGAACAGGCCACGGGAGUAUCAAUUGACGAGCUGCGCAAAUAUUAUGACCAGAAAAGAGCGAAGAUCGUUAACUAUUCAGAAACAGCUGGCCGAAAGUUUAAGAAACUUAACAACGACUGCACCGAUCUGGAAGUUCUGCGGUUCUUAGCUUGCUUGGUGGGCGAGAAAAUAGAUGAUUUAGUUACAUACAGAGAGAUCGGAACCCGCAUCGAUGAAGUUCAUUUGGAUUCGCCCGGACCGUUACUGGUUUCUGUUGAUAUGGGACAAGACACAGCAAUGUAUUAUGUCUACGUCGACCAGGUCCGCCUAUCCGAAGGCACGGAUGAUGUCAUUUGCGCCCUGCAGGAUCUACUGAUUCCUGGAAUAAACGCACACGUCACGCGGGAAAACCGCUAUCCCAUCAUCCCCAAAGAGAGAACCUCCGUAUGCGUGGAUGGAGCAGCAUGGCACAACAACAGGAAAUGGGAAAUCUACACUGUGAAGAAGCUUUCGCCACAAUCGCUACCAGCUAAAGAACUGGCUGACAAGUACUCACAUCUAAAGACUUUGCCAAUUGAACCUUACUCCAACGUUCAGCCGAUGUUAUUGAUCGUCGUACAAAACGCUAGGGUGAUGCACGUGUUGGAUGAUCGCAAAGGAAGCUUGAUGAACCUGUUGCAGUGA